GGAAGGAGGAGGGUUUAUGUGAUGUGACUAUGAACUGAACAAAGUGUAGACAUCAUUUCACCAACUGUUAGGAUGGAGGACACAUCUCUACUGCAGCUACUCUUUCUGACCUCACUGCUGAGCAGCACAACAAACCAAGCCUCUCUGACUGUGAGUCCCAGCAGAUCUCAGAUGUUUGAAGAUGAAUCUGUCUCUCUGAGCUGUGAGGAGGAGGACAGCUCUGCUGGAUGGACUCUGAGGAGGAACACAACCAGAGAAACCAGGACUCAGUGUGGAGAUGGCUGGGGAAGAUCUGCUGGUUCUUCCUGUAACAUCAGCUACAUGGCCCCACGGGACAGUGGAGUUUACUGGUGUGAGUCCAGAGAGGGAGCAACCAGUAACAGCAUCACCAUCACUGUCACUGGUGGACCAGUGAUCCUGCAGAGUCCUGUCCUCCCUGUGACGGAGGGAGAAGACCUCACUCUGCACUGUAAAACAAAGACGUCCUCCAACCUCCCAGCUGGUUUCUAUAGAGAUGGCUCCUUCAUCAGGCCUGAGGUUGCAGGUCACAUGACCAUCCACCAUGUUUCCAGGUCUGAUGAAGGCCUCUACAAGUGUCUCAUCAGCAGUGUUGGAGAGUCUCCAUCCAGCUGGGUCUCUAUCACAGGUGAGGAGGUUACCUUUGAUUUCAGGAGUUCAUUCAUCCAGAUAUUCACCUGACAGCUGAUUCUCU